GUGGGGCAGCACCGAGUGAGUCUGCAUGCUUUCGUCUGUUUAUUCAAAGAUUUGGGAAGCAAAAGGACUCAACUCGUCUCACUGUAAACACUAGUCCUCUAGAUUAUUGGAAUCUCCAGAAAUAAGUAUUGAGAGUGGAUCUACGUCAGGCCUGAUCCGACCCAUUCUAUUUCCCUGCACUAUCUGCAGAUGUGAAGAGUGAAAGGGAGUACAUCCCAUACGAAACACUAAAGGGGGGAAAGUCAUCGUUUCUUUGGCCAUUCAUCAACAACAUUAUCCUCCCACCAAUGACUUUCUUUUCUACUACGUAAAUAACUCCUCUGCGCCCUCACCCUCUGGGCCAUGGUACAUCAGAGCGUACCAGCUACAAUAUGAGCGUAACUCCAUCCACCACCCUGGACAGCCUGCUGACUGCUAGCUGGAGCCCGAGGAACUCGUAUUCUGAUGUUUCGAUGGUGACUCCUGGUUACACAAGUCGCCUGUGGCCUCGUGACUUCCAGCCUCAGUUCUGGAGUAAAUUCCAGGUGUGGGAGUGGCUGCAGCAGGUCAUGGACAUGCACCAGAUCGAUACCUCCACCAUUCCCUUCCAAAACUUUGACAUCGACGGCCAUCAGCUCUGCAGCCUGAGCUACCAGGACUUCAUCCAUGCUGCCGGCAGCGUGGGACCCAUCCUCUUCCACAGCAUCACAGAGCUCAAGUGGAGCGGUCAGUACCAUGUGGAUGCAGGGCAACUAGAACUCAAACCAGAAAUAGACUACUCCUGUUCAUUUUCAGACGUCAGCUAUCCACCUGGAGAUAUCUUCGAUCCCUCGAUUCCCCCUGUCGCCCCUCUUGCAUCACCCACCCCUUCCAGCCCUGAUAUCAAAAGGUCUUUCAGUCGUCAGGUCAAAAAACACAACCCAAGAGGGACCCACUUGUGGGAGUUCAUCAGGGACAUUCUGCUCAACCCAGAGCGAAACCCGGGGCUGAUCAAGUGGGAGGAUCGGCCGGAGGGGGUUUUCCGCUUCCUUAAGUCAGAUGCGGUGGCACAGUUAUGGGGCAAGAAGAAGAAUAACAGCAGCAUGACCUAUGAGAAACUAAGCCGGGCAAUGAGAUAUUACUACAAAAGAGAAAUCCUAGAGCGAGUAGAUGGACGCAGGCUGGUUUACAAGUUUGGAAGGAAUGCAAGAGGAUGGAGGGAGUCAGACAAGUGACAAUUUCAUUAAUUUAUGUGGUGUGUAUGUUGUAUGCAAAUAUGAUGUUUUAUUGUAGUUUUCACUCAAUUUGUUUGAUAAAAAACUAUAUGUUUGAACUGUUUACACUAUGUUGGUACUUUCAUGUUUGCCGUGAUUAUUGUUUUCAUCCUUUUCUUGUGACGCUGCACUGAGAUGUUCUUUAUUGCGUUCUUUAAACUUUAAGCUCAUUGCUCAUUGUCAAACCUCACACGUGUGUGUUUACGUAACAUAACAUUUUUUUUCAGAUAAUACUAAGUCCCAAUUAAAAACACGUUUUGACAGAUACCGUGAAGUGUCCUUUGGGAAGGACGCUUGAUCACCGCUGAAAAACAACAAUUUAAAUAAUAGCCAAACAACAUCCCAUAAGUGGAAUGAAGUACAAGAAAGCAUACACUAGUGAUAGAUAUUUACAUCGGCAUGACAGAAUGGUCUUAUUUGGUUCAUUUUAUAUUGUUGCAUUCAUUGAGCUUUGAAGAAAGUGUGUAAAUAUUCGAUAAUGAUUGAUAAAAAAUAAAGCUCAUCGUUUUUA